UCGGGGCUCAUGCCUGCCUGUGUGUGGCUUCUUCUAUUUUCAGAUGCACAAACCUGUCACCUGGCCUCCCUGCACAGACAGCUGCCCCUGGCGCCUGCAUCUCUGGCGCGCGGCUAUGCCAAAGAUGCCACGGACAAGACUACCGCCAGCACCAGCUUGGCGCAGCAAAAGCCACACAAAAUGAGGCCGGUAGUGGGGGAGCAGGAGGAGCAGGGGGCAAGCACCAUGAGUCUGCCGAGCAGACCGCUAAGCAGGCCAAGGUGGAUGCCAUACGCGACAAGAUACUCGAUGCGGCCCUGGAGCAUGUGCCACAGCACGGCUGGAAAAGGCAGGCCAUUGUCCUCGGGGCCGAGCAGUGCGGCUACCCCAGCGUGGUCCAUGGCAUGUUCCCGGAAGGUGGCUUUGCCCUCGUCUCCCACUUCAACGGCAGGUGCAACGCGCAGCUGGUGCAGAGCUUGAAGGAGAAGACGAGCAAGGGCCAGCAGGAGGUCGAGAAUCCGCUCGACUUCCUGGUGCAGGCGGUGCGUCAGCGUAUGGAGAAGAUUGCCCCGUACAAGGCUCAAUGGCCGCAGGCGAUGUCACUGAUAGCACAACCGCAGCACGCGUCGACAGCGCUGGCCCAGGUGCUCACCCUGGUGGACGACAUCUGCUACUACUCGGGCGAUCGAUCCGUGGACUUUGGCUGGUACACGCGGAGCAUUGGCUUGGCGACCAUCAUGAAGAUGACCGAACUGUACUUGCUGCAGGACACCUCCGCUGGCAACGUCCAGACGUGGGAGUUCCUCAAGAACCGCAUGGACGAGGCCGUUCAGCUGCAAAUGGCACUCUCCCAGACCGAGGGCAUGACGCACACGUUUCAACGUUCCUUCAACUCGGCCUUCAUAACGGCACGGAAUAUACUCGGCCUGGGAUUUAAGCGAAAUUAGGCCCGAGACCUGUUGCCUCACGCAGUCCAAAUAAGGAAUGGGAAUCCUUUGGCAGCCAUGGAUCCUCUCCCAUUCAACGAUCUACACUUAUAUUAUACCUUAACUCUACAUGUUUAUAAGUACAUAUACGUACGUCUUUCUUUCUACAA